CAAAAGGUUAAUUAAGUAAUCUCAUUGCAAAAACUCUCAAAGAGUUAAAGAGAGGUAGGAGCUUCCUCCGACGUACGUUGGCGUAAAAUAGUGAGAAGUUGCAACUCAAAAAACGCCCGCGUUUGUCCGGAGCACCGCCCUUAUCUAAACUCACCGUCGCCCUCCCACCGCCGUAGACUUCUCCUUUUCCGAUCUCGGUACCCCGUGGGAGUUGAAUUCCGAAUUGCGUUUCCACAACCGGAAAACAAUAUUCUUUGCAAACCGAAAUCAUGAACAUCUUCUCAAAGAAGCCUACUGCCAAAGAGGCUUUGCGUCAGAGUAAACGAGAAAUGUCCAAUGCUACCAGAGGUAUAGAAAGAGAAAUCAAUACUUUGCAAUUAGAAGAAAAAAAGCUUGUUGCGGAGAUAAAGAAAAGUGCUAAAACUGGCAAUGAGGCUGCAACUAAAAUUCUAGCCCGUCAAUUGAUUAGGCUCAGACAGCAAAUAGCCAAUUUGCAAGGUAGUCGAGCUCAAAUGAGAGGCAUUGCUACACACACUCAGGCAGUUUCAGCCCAAUCUUCAGUUGCUGUUGGAAUCAAAGGUGCUACAAAAGCUAUGUCAUCAAUGAAUAAGCAAAUGGACCCAGCAAAGCAGAUGAAGGUGAUGCGCGAUUUCCAGAAGCAAUCUGCACAGAUGGAUAUGACUACUGAGAUGAUGUCAGAUACCAUAGAUGAUGUUCUGGAUGAUGAUGAAGCUGAAGAUGAAACCGAAGAGUUGACAAAUCAGGUGCUAGAUGAAAUCGGUGUUGACGUUGCCUCACAGUUGUCAACGGCUCCAAAGGGAAAAAUUGCUGGGAAGAACACUGAGGAUGUCAGCAGGUUCACUUCCUUAGCUAGUCACUCUUACAGUCUCCUAUUUUUUUCAGAAGUAAUAAACAUAAAUGUAUCAUUUGUGCUAGUGGAGGUUAGAUCACAUGAAAAACAGCAUUUUGUUUUUUCUACCGCAUUAUGUUACUACAUCGCUUCAAGUGGUAGAAAGAUUGUUGUCAAUGUAUUUUAUGGGAUAAAGUAAAUUAUACUGAGGUAUCUUCUUGCCCGGAGCUUCACCUUCAGAUUAGAAAAUCUGGAUCUGAUAUCGCAUAAUUUAAGAAGUCUGCCUAACCUUAAUUUGAAAAAUUUCUAGAUUUUAAUGCCUUUUGAGGAUAAGUUAACUUUUCUUUGUGGUAGCUCUCCUUUUGGUGAUCUGAGGUAGUAGUCUGAACAUCCCUCUAGCUAUUCUAGAUAUACGAGAAUUCACAUAGAUGGUCUUUAUGACAGAGAGACCAUCUAUAUAUAAGCUCUACUGCUAAGGUUGUGUCCUCUACAUGUGCCUUUAGGGAAAGGUGCUGAUGCACUUGUAUUACUAAGGUCGAACUGCACUAUUGAACUGGUGUGUUAUGGUUCGUUGCAUUUAUGUAUAUUCCAUACUUUUGUUGUAAAAGAACGUAUCAUUAGUGCACGAAUGCUUGCUCCACUCAUUUCUUUCAGUUUUACCAAUCAAUUUAUCUUCUUUCUUGGACUUGCAGCUCUGGGAUUGAUGAUCUAGAGAAAAGGCUGGCGGCUCUCAGAAACCCUUAAGUUCAGUCUGCUGGGCUUACUGAUGUUCUGUACACAAACCCACAUGUGGUUCUUUGUAAUUAGUUGAUCCCAUUUUCUAACCGCAACAGUUGUUCUUCCCUUUUGUCAGGGCAUUCCAGUUUACACCCUAUAAAUGUUAUAAUUGUAUGAUAAAUUUUUGGUUGGAAAUGAUGGUGAAGAUUGCAGAGUAGGUUCCUUUCAUAUAGUUCAAACAAGCUGCGU